AGCUAUUUAAAGAUACCUAGUGUUAUAACAAACUUUAAAUUGUGGGUUUCAUAUCGGCUGAGUUUUUUUAAUCAAAAGAAUCGAAGAAUUAAUAGAAAAUCGUGACAUAGAAGAGGUGACAGCGCAGGAGGAUGAACCUGAAUCCCGGCUGGCUGCUGCUUCUUCUAUCCAUCUCUGCUGGGGUCUGGUCAGUGCCUAUUGAUCGCAAUGGAGACAAGCAGGAAGCUAAAGAGGAAGUGCCGGAGGAGAACGGGGACACUGGCCUCUACUACGACAGGUAUCUCAGAGAGGUGAUAGAGGUUUUGGAGACGGACCCUCACUUCAGAGAGAAACUGCAAACAGCGAACACAGAGGACAUCAAGAAUGGACGUCUCAGUAAAGAGCUGGACCUGGUCAGUCACCAUGUGAGGACUCGUCUGGAUGAGUUGAAGCGUCAGGAGGUUUCUCGCCUCAGGAUGCUGCUCAAGGCCAAACUGGACAGCACCAACACACAGAGCCUGCAGAUGGACCACGCCUCCCUGCUGAAGCAGUUUGAACAUCUGGAUCCCCACAAUCAAAACACCUUUGAGGCCAAAGACCUCGAGCUGCUAAUCUCGACGGCCACAAAGGACCUGGAGAACUACGACGCCGAGAGACACGAGGAGUUCAAACGCUACGAGAUGCUGAAGGAGCACGAGAGACGGGAGUACCUGAAGGGCCUGGACCAGGAGAAGAGGGACAGAGAGGAGAAGAGGAUGCAGGAGCUUAAGGACAAACACCGCGAGCACCCCAAAGUCAAUGCUCCGGGUAGUGUUGCUCAGCUACGGGAAGUUUGGGAGGAGACAGACGGACUUGAUCCUAAGGAGUUCAACCCCAAAACAUUUUUUAAACUGCAUGAUACAAAUGAAGAUGGUGUUUUAGAUGAGCAGGAAUUGGAGGCUCUCUUCACUAAAGAGCUGGAGAAGGUCUAUGACGCAAAGAAUGAGGAAGAUGAUAUGAUGGAGAUGGAGGAAGAGAGACUGAGGAUGAGGGAGCAUGUCAUGAAAAAUGUGGACGCAAAUCAAGAUCGUCUCGUCAGCCUGGAGGAGUUCCUCAAGUCCACCGAGAAGAAGGAGUUCAGUAAUCCCAAAGAGUGGGAGACUCUGGAAACCAAGCCGGCGUACACAGAGGAAGAGCUCCAGCGAUUUGAGGUUGAACUCAGGGACAAAGAGGAAGAGCUGAAGAGAAAGGCAGAGAAUCUCCUUCAGCAGCAGGAGCUGCUGAAGGAGAGAGGCAAAGCCCUGGAGGCCCAGAGGAAAGAGUACCAGCAGGCGGUAUUAGAGAUGUCCCAGAGACAGAAAGAACAGCAGGCAGCUGACGGACAGCCUCCUGCGGGUCCCAAUGGAGAACUACAGUUCCAAGCACAGACACCAAAAGUAGAAGAUAAAGAGGCAAACGUCCCGGCUGAACACCCGGCCGAGGUCCAGAAUAAUCUGCCUGCAGAGCCUCCACAGAAUCUGCCUAUACACACUUAAUGCAGCAUGCUCCGACAGCCUUCACACACACAAACACACACAUACACACACACACAAACACACUCUCUGAUUUGCACUGACACAGAUAUCCAGAUGGGUUGUAUGUAUAAAUGGAGACAGACUUGGCUCCUGAAUCAUGACAUAUUGUACGGUGUGUUCAUCUCUGUGGUCUACGUUAGAUUUAAAGAUCUCAACAACAACACUAAAAAUAUACAUAUGUGUGUUUUCAGAAAUUUUCAGUUUCAGGGAAGUCUUCAUCAAAGCAGGGUCUUCAGUGUUAAAACAUCUUCAAAUAAAGUCCUAAUUUAAAACCUGUAAACCUCCAAA